AUGGACGAAACCGGUCGCCUGGUUAUAGGCUACCGCGAUUUGCAACAAUCACAAACGACGACUCCGAUAUUGAUUAAUCCCAUAUUGACGGUUCCUAUUAGAAACAGUGAAAUAUCAAAUUCGUCGGAAAGUCCGUUGGAUUUAAGGGGUAACGUUGGAGGAGAACAUUUAUCACCCAUGAGUCCGGUUUCCGUUUGUCGUUUGACCGAUAGCGAAGAAUCAGAUGUUAACGUGGAUUCGGACGAUGAGUGUUCGCCGUCUUUGAUGCAAGCGAGACACACCAUAGCAGAAUUUCACAGGCAUUUUGCAAAUAGUUUAGCCACGGAAAUGAAUCCGAAUCAACCGUCACCGGAAUCUCCGGAUCAAAACGAUGGCGGAUUGGAUGAAACGUCGCCAUCAUCGCCGACGGAUUCGAGUAAAAAAUCAUUGGCACUCGUUAAACCUCCGUAUUCGUACAUUGCUUUGAUCACCAUGGCGAUAUUACAGUCGCCUCGUAAAAAAUUAACAUUGAGUGGAAUUUGUGAAUUUAUCAUGUCUAGGUUUCCGUAUUAUCGUGAAAAAUUUCCCGCUUGGCAAAAUUCAAUACGUCAUAAUUUAUCACUUAACGACUGCUUUAUAAAAAUCCCGAGGGAACCGGGUAAUCCCGGUAAAGGAAAUUAUUGGACACUCGAUCCCAUGGCGGAAGACAUGUUCGACAAUGGUAGUUUUUUGAGAAGGCGUAAAAGAUACAAACGUCAACCCCCGGAUUUUGUACUUCGUGAACACCACGCAGCAGCAAUGUCUCAAUUUUUAGGGAGUUCCGAUCCAUAUCAUCACGCGAGCCUGUUAGGAUCUCAUCCUGCACUUCACAAUCCCUACCAGUACUUAUCUCCUCUUCCGCCGGCUAUACCUCUCCUAUCGCCGGCAGAACUCGCUCGCUUAUCAUUGGGACCACUGGUUUCGCCGACUCCAAAAAACUCUUCGAAUAAAAAUAAUUCGAUAACUUCUUCCGGUUGUACAAAAUCAAAUCAUAAAAAUGGAUUCACCAUCGAUUCUCUCAUAGGAAAAGUUGCCGGGGUAGCAAAUCAAAAUAAAGGAAAUAGUAAUAGAUUAAGUCCUAUUUCAUUAGCACAGCUUAGAUCCAGGCCCGAACUGGAAGUAACGGAAUCUUCGGAUGCUCAAGUGCCAACAACAGUCGUCACACGUAGCUUCGAUUCAGCAUUUGCUCCCUUAAGUGCGGGUUGGGCUCGGUGA